GGUUCCGCCCCCUUUCCCCACAGCCCCCGCCCGCCGGGUUGGUCUCGGAGAGUUUGUUCGGUGGCCGUGGCAGACGAAGGUGCAACGAGAACUCCAGCAGCCGCGCGAUGGGCGAUUCCAAAGUGAAAGUGGCGGUGCGGGUCCGGCCAAUGAAUCGACGAGAAAUUGACUUACAUACCAAGUGUGUGGUGGAUGUGGAAGCAAACAAAGUUAUUCUGAAUCCUGUAAAUACAAAUCUUUCCAAAGGAGAUGCCCGGAGCCAGCCCAAGAUAUUUGCUUAUGAUCACUGUUUCUGGUCUAUGGAUGAAUCCGUCCGAGAGAAGUAUGCAGGUCAAGAUGAUGUUUUCAAGUGCCUUGGGGAGAACAUCCUUCAGAACGCAUUUGAUGGCUACAAUGCCUGUAUCUUUGCUUAUGGGCAGACAGGGUCUGGAAAAUCUUACACCAUGAUGGGCACAGCCGACCAACCUGGACUGAUUCCCAGACUCUGCAGUGGACUCUUUGAACGAACCCAGAAAGAGGAAAAUGAAGAGCAGAGCUUUAAAGUCGAAGUGUCCUACAUGGAGAUUUAUAAUGAAAAAGUCCGAGACCUUCUUGACCCCAAAGGAAGCCGUCAAACGUUGAAAGUGAGAGAGCACAGUGUCUUGGGACCCUAUGUGGAUGGACUUUCUAAACUGGCUGUCACAAGCUACAAGGAUAUUGAGUCUCUGAUGUCCGAGGGCAACAAGUCUCGGACAGUUGCUGCAACCAACAUGAAUGAGGAAAGCAGCCGGUCACAUGCAGUCUUCAAAAUCACCCUGACACACACACUGUAUGAUGUCAAGUCUGGGACAUCUGGAGAGAAAGUGGGCAAACUGAGCUUAGUGGAUUUAGCCGGCAGUGAACGAGCCACAAAAACUGGAGCUGCGGGUGACAGACUGAAGGAGGGCAGCAAUAUCAACAAGUCCCUCACAACCCUGGGUCUGGUUAUCUCGGCCCUAGCUGAUCAGGGUGCUGGCAAAAACAAAAAUAAAUUUGUUCCCUAUCGGGACUCAGUUCUCACGUGGCUGCUCAAGGACAGUCUGGGGGGUAAUAGCAAGACCGCCAUGGUGGCCACUGUGAGCCCAGCUGCUGAUAACUAUGACGAAACCCUCUCAACCCUGAGGUAUGCAGAUCGAGCAAAGCACAUUGUCAACCAUGCUGUGGUGAACGAGGAUCCUAAUGCGCGGAUUAUCCGAGAUCUCCGGGAAGAGGUGGAGAAGCUCCGAGAGCAGCUGACCAAGGCAGAGGCAAUGAAAUCUCCGGAGCUGAAAGAUCGUCUGGAAGAAUCUGAGAAGCUCAUCCAGGAAAUGACUGUAACCUGGGAGGAGAAACUAAGGAAAACUGAGGAGAUCGCACAGGAGCGGCAGAAGCAGCUUGAGAGCCUUGGAAUAUCUCUUCAGACUUCUGGAAUCAAAGUUGGGGAUGAUAAGUGCUUCCUGGUUAAUUUGAAUGCUGACCCUGCUCUGAAUGAACUCCUGGUGUACUACUUAAAGGAGCACACGCUGAUAGGGUCAGCAAAUUCCCAGGACAUCCAGCUCUGCGGGAUGGGCAUUCUUCCUGAGCACUGUAUCAUAGACAUCACGCCUGAAGGCCAGGUCAUGCUGACCCCUCAGAAGAACACCAGGACAUUUGUAAAUGGAUCUUCUGUCUCCAGCCCCAUCCAGCUGCACCACGGGGACAGGAUACUCUGGGGAAACAACCAUUUCUUCAGGCUUAACCUGCCAAAAAAGAAGAAGAAAGCUGAACGAGAAGAUGAGGAGCAUGACUCCUCCCUGAAGAAUGACAGCAGUUGUGAGCAUCUGGAUGCUGACGGGGACUCCUCCAGUGAGGUGUCCAGUGAGAUCAACUUCAACUUUGAGUAUGCACAGAUGGAGGUGACCAUGAAGGCCCUGGGCAGCAAUGAUCCAAUGCAGUCCAUAUUGAACAGCCUAGAGCAGCAGCAUGAGGAGGAAAAGCGGUCCGCUCUGGAGCGCCAGAGGCUCAUGUACGAACACGAGCUGGAACAGCUCCGAAGAAGGCUGUCUCCCGAGAGGCAGAACUGCCGAGGUGCUGACCGGCUCUCCUUCCACUCACCCAGUGCCCAGCAGCGCCUGAGACAGUGGGCUGAGGAGAGAGAAGCAACAUUGAAUAACAGCUUGAUGAGGCUGAGGGAGCAGAUUGUAAAGGCCAACCUGCUGGUGCGAGAAGCUAGUUACAUAGCAGAGGAGCUGGAUAAAAGAACUGAGUAUAAAGUUACCCUCCAGAUUCCAGCCUCCAGCCUGGAUGCCAACAGGAAGCGAGGCUCUCUCCUCAGUGAACCUGCCAUCCAGGUGAGAAGAAAAGGAAAAGGAAAGCAGAUUUGGUCUUUGGAAAAGCUAGAAAACAGGCUUUUGGAUAUGAGAGACCUCUACCAGGAGUGGAAGGAAUGUGAAGAAGACAGCCCGGUCAUCCGGUCUUACUUCAAGCGUGCUGACCCAUUCUAUGAUGAGCAAGAAAAUCACAGUCUAAUUGGUGUGGCUAAUGUCUUCCUGGAGACCCUGUUUUAUGAUGUGAAGUUACAGUAUGCUGUGCCAAUCAUCAACCAGAAGGGAGAGGUGGCAGGUCGGCUGCAUGUGGAGGUGAUGCGACUCAGCGGGGCCAUUGGGGAGAGGAUUGUAGGAGGAGAUGAUGCUACAGAGAUCAGCUCUGAAAAGGAAGCCCAGGAGAACAGGCUGGUCUGCAUGGUUAAAAUACUCCAAGCCACAGGGUUGCCGCAACAUCUGUGCCACUUUGUAUUCUGCAAAUAUGACUUCUGGGAUCAGCAGGAGCCAGUGACUGUUGCCCCCGAAGUGGAUACCUCUUCAUCUCCCACCAGCAAGGAGCCACAGUGUAUGGUGGUGUUCGAUCAUUGCAGUGAGUUUAAUGUUAACAUCACAGAAGACUUCAUUGAGUAUCUCUCGGAUGGGGCACUGGCCAUCGAAGUAUAUGGACAUAAAAUGAAUGAUCCUCGGAAAAACCCAGCCCUGUGGGAUUUGGGAAUCAUCCAGGCAAAAACAAGGAGUCUUCGGGACAGGUGGAGCGAAGUCACCAGGAAGUUGGAAUUCUGGGUUCAGAUCUUGGAACAGAAUGAGAAUGGUGAAUACUGCCCUGUGGAAGUGAUUGCCGCAAAAGAUGUCCCAACAGGAGGGAUCUUCCAGCUCCGGCAGGGGCAGUCCCGGCGAGUUCAAGUUGAAGUGAAGUCUGUACAGGAGUCAGGAACUUUACCUCUGAUGGAAGAGUGCAUAAUGUCAGUUGGCAUUGGGUGUGUGAAAGUUAGACCCAUCAGGCCUGCUAAGAUCCAUGAGACCUUCCAUGAGGAAGAGGAGGACAUGGACAGCUACCAGGAUAGGGAUUUAGAGAGGCUGCGUAGAAAAUGGCUCAAUGCAUUAACCAAGCGUCAAGAAUACUUGGAUCAGCAACUGCAGAAGCUCGUCAGUAAACAUGACAAAACUGAGGAUGAUGCUGACCGAGAAGCACAGCUGUUAGAGAUGCGGCUGACUCUCACAGAGGAAAGAAACGCAGUGAUGGUGCCCUCUGCUGGCAGUGGCAUCCCAGGGGCACCUGCAGAAUGGACCCCAGUGCCUGGGAUGGAGAACCACAUUCCUGUCAUAUUCCUUGACUUAAACGCGGAUGAUUUCAGCUCUCAGGAUAAUCUCGAUGACCCAGAAGCUGGAUGGGAUGCUACCCUGACUGGGGAGGAGGAGGAGGAGUUCUUUGAGCUGCAGAUUGUGAAGCAACACGAUGGAGAGGCUAAGGCAGAGGCCUCCUGGGACUCGGCAGUGCAUAGCUGUCCUCAACUCAGUAAAGGCACUCCUGCUGAUGAACGAGUGUUCCUCAUCUUGAGAGUGACAGUCCAGCUCAGCCAUCCUGCCGACAUGCAGUUGGUCCUACGCAAGAGGAUUUGUGUCCAGGUCCAUGGGCGCCAGGGCUUUGCUCAAAGUUUCCUCAAAAAGAUGUCUCAUCGGAGCUCUAUUCCUGGCUGUGGAGUGACCUUUGAAAUUGUCUCCAAUAUUCCAGAGGAUUCCCAGGGAGUGGAGGAGCGAGAGGCUCUGGCAAGGAUGGCAGCGAAUGUGGAAAACCCAUCUUCUGCUGACUCCGAGGCCUGUAUUGAGAAGUACUUGAGGAGUGUGCUGGCUGUGGAAAACCUCCUGACUUUAGACCGCCUUCGUCAGGAAGUGGCCGUGAAGGAACAGCUGACAGGGAAAGGGAAGCUGAACCGGAGGAGUAUUAGCUCUCCCAGCAUGAACAGAUUGUCUGGAAGCCGGGAGCUUAGCCCAUCCCACAGUCUAGGCAGCAACAAGGGCCGGUGGGAAAGUCAACAGGAUAUAUCUCAAACACUAGUUUCCAGCAGAGUAGCUCCAGGUCCUCCAGCAGCUCACCCUAUUUCUCCUCAAAAUAACCAGUCUCCUGAUCCUGGACUGGGUGGCUUAGCUGCUUCUUACUUAAACCCAGUGAAGUCCCUGGUGCCACAAAUGCCAAAGUUGCUGAAGUCGCUCUUCCCUGUCCGUGACGACAGAAGGGCCAGGCAGUCAUCUCCCCUUGUGCACCAGCCCGUGCCCCGAAUCUUGGUGCAGCCUACCUUCUCAGAUGCCCGGGCAACAAGGACAGAGGAGGCCCAGCGGGGCAGCCCUGUGCCUGGUGGGGCUUUGGAGCCCGUGGUCCCGGUGCUGGCCCCAGCAGUAAAGAUCUGUGACAAACCUGUCAAGGCGUCUUCCUCUCCAUCCACCAUGGUGGUUACUCAGCCCCCAGAAGGGCUGGAUGGACCCCCCAGUCCCUUGAGCGAGGCCUCCAGCGGCUACUUCUCUCACAGCGUCUCUACUGCCACCCUGUCAGAAACGCUCACCCUCAGCCUGGACACCGCAGGCCCUGGCAACCACACGCCCAUGUCCCCUCCUGCCCCCAGUCAGGCCACCCCAGAGCCUGAGCUGGCCUUCCUCUCCUGUACACGGAGCCAUCCACCUGCCUCGGAGGAGCCCCGGGUACUCCCUGUCACACCUACUCAAAGCACAGAGUUGGAGGUUCCCAGACCCGCCCUUCUUUCUGAACCCACGUCUGCUGUGCCCACAUCCCCAUUCAGGAUCCGGAAAGUGCGGACCUCAGAGCUUAAGUCCUUCACAGGCAUGCUGGGGGGUGCCUCCUCUGGAGCUGAGGGGGAUCCACUGGCUUCAGAAGAGCUCAGCAAUGCUGGGGGACAAGCCCUGGGGAAGCUGGAAGUGACAUCUGACUCUGAAGAGGCCAGCGACGUCCCUGAGUGGCUAAGAGAGGGAGAGUAUGUUGUUGUAGGCACCAACAAGACAGGCAUUGUGAGAUACAUUGGACCCACUGAUUUCCAGGAGGGAACGUGGAUUGGUGUGGAGCUGGACCUGCCUUCAGGAAAGAAUGAUGGCUCCAUUGGUGGGAAGCAGUACUUCAGGUGCAACCCUGGCUAUGGACUGCUGGUAAGGCCAGGCCGAGUUCGCAGAGCUGCAGGCCCUGGGCGCAGGCGUAGUGCAGGGCUCCAGCUUCAGGGAGCCUCAGAGGUCCGCAGGAGUGCUACCAUCUCUGGCUCUGCCACCAACCUGGCCUCACUGACGGCUGCAUUGGCCAAGGGCGACAGGAGCCACAAGAACCCUGAGAACCGGAAGUCCUGGGCCAGCUGAUUUGCACCUCUCCUGGUAGACAGUGAUGGGCAGGCAGAGACCUUCUGACCUCCCUGGAGGACACCCCUUCCAUGGGAGCAGGGCCAUGAAUGCUUUUUGCACGAUGCGGGGAUGGUGGACAACCUGGUCCUCCGUCCUCCCUGGGAAUCUGGAAGCUGCAUUUCUUCUUCUACUUGAUGAAGGCAAAGGCUCCUCAGCUGUGCUCUUCCAGUUGGGGGUGGAAGGUUCUGGGAGCCCAGAGAUGGUAGGUGGGAUGGUAGCUAGGUGGCAGGGUUGGAGUCAGGCCGGCCCCUCCCUGACUGCUUGAAGUGAAGGGGUCCCAGCCAGGUUUGUUGGGUUUCCCUUUUCCUUAUUCUGCUGACUUUACUAAUGUCUGAAUUUAAAUAAUGAUCCUAACUGGUGUGUUGCCCUUCACAUACAGGAAUUGAUUCUCCUGCCUGGGGUCCAGUACCCAUAAUACCUUUUGUGCACCUGAGUCCUCCCUUAAGCCAUGUCCCAUCCUUCUGCGUCGCACACAGGGCUCCUGGGAGGCAUCUUUGCAGGUGUCCAGUCUUUAUAUCAGAAAGUCUUUUCUGUUGGCUAUUCAUUUCCUAACAGGAUGCUUCAACUAUAUUUAUUUAAUUUAUUCUGUUCAAAAGCUGAAAUAAUUCGUGAACCACAAUCAUUGGCAGCUGUGGCAGCAUAUUUGCUUGGGGCCUGCCUUUUACUUACUGGCCGCUGGAUACCUGGAUCUGCCUCUUCUUGGAUGGUGGCUGCUGGAGGUGGCCAGCAAAUGAAGCCAUCCAUGUGUUGCUUGAUUGUAGAUACACCAUGGCCUUAUUGUCACUGGGGUGAGGGCAGACCCUGGGGCUAGACACAGUUCAAGUCAUUAAUACAUUGUUUGGAUCUGCCACGUUUCAGGGAACAACUGGAUAGCGUUUGAUUCCGUGACAAUUCCUAAACCCUGACUACACCUGGGGGCCAAAGCUGGACAGGUAGGCAGCGAGAGGAAAGCUGUCCUCCAUUUCCCUUCCUCGGAUUUGUGCUACAACCAUGAAAACCCCUCAGGGCAUUACCAACCACCUCCUUGCUGGGAUCUGUGCAGCCUCUGAGUCCCAGAGUGUGUGUGUGUGGAGCUGAGUUGGCAGAUUGAAGUCACCCAGUCCCGGUUGUCUCAGGCCCUGCCCUGUCCACCAGCUCAGAACGGAAGCCCUAUGCCAGAAUUUACACCAGGUGUUCUUGGCAGCUUGCUGUAAGUUUUGACCCUCAGAAUCUGUUUAUUUUUUGAGACAGAAUCUGUUCUUUGCAUAACAAUCCUGGCUGUCCUGAAACUCAUUUUGUAGGACACGCUGGCCCCCAACUCACAGUUUGCCUGCCUCUGUGACCCUUAAGAACCACACCCAGAAAGCUUUUGUAGAAAAAUUGGUUCACUGAGAAUUUAAGCCUCUUAAGGGAAGUAGCAUCAGGCUCCCAGGCUCCCACCAGGUGGCUCUUCAGAACACCUCAGCCUCCCCUGGCCCUGUGGCCUCCAUGCUAAUAUUGCUGGCACUCAGUUCGGACAGUCUGUGUUGUCUGACUAGCCCAGUACAAACUUCACUACAUCUGCUUGCCCAGACCUUGCCCAGAGGCUGGCUUAGGGCAACAGAAGGUUAGGUGGGCUCCCUGGCAGAGGCGCAGCAGCCAGGGAGUUGCGCAUUACUCUGCUCUCGUCACCAGGGGCUCUGCCAGGAGAGCCUGCCUCCAUCCCUUCUGGAACAGCACAGAUGUCUGGAGCUGCCAGCUAGAGGCAGGCACCAAUCCUCUAACUCCUUUAGCUGCCUUUUGGGGGUUACCCCCUAGGUGCGUGCUGCUGAGUUAGCACUGCCAGUUCUGCCAGGCUUGCUCUCGUGGCCAGCACAGAAGUUGUCUUGAUUGUGUCAUGUCAGCAUCCAGUGUCUCCUAGAGAGUGGUGCAGUCAUUCUCUGAAGGUGCCAGACCCUGGAGCCCCCUCUUUGGGAUGGCCAUGCAGUGUGUGUCAAGGAGAGAAGUCCCCAUAGGCGUAAGGCCAGCAUUGCUAUGCUGGGGGAAGGAUCCUUGUGCCACCUGUCGGGACUGUCAACUUCAUCUUGUUAGCUGGGGCUCUGCAGAGCAGUACACAUCCUGAGUGAUCUAGCUUGGCCAGCUGUUGUCUGGUGGCUCUGGGACCAUCUUCUCUCCUCCCAGCCCCCACGUUCUUCCCAGCUCCUUGGACCUGAGGUUCCCUAACCCUUCCCACUCCCCUCAUCCCCAAAAAGCACAGUUCCCACAGAGCCCUGCAGGACACCCUUUGGGUAAAGCCCUCCAGCUUCACAGGCAAACUUCCCAAAGCACCUGGUCCAGGAUGCUCUGCCCAAGGCCUUGAGUUGGUGCAGGGGCCCGGCUUUGGGGCUGUGUUCUGUGAGGGCUGGCUUUUCACAGAGGGCUCUGCUGCUCCCAGUACCUUGGUGCCCAGUAUGGGUGGGAUUUAAUGAGAGGGAAGUUUGGGGCCUCAUGCUGGUGGGUUUAUCUUCAUGGGUGUUUUUAUGAGUCGUCCCUGUGUGUCUGCUGUGAGGGCAGGGAGGUGACCUUGGGAAAGCUGGCACUUUGGGGUGGGUCUGGAGAGAUGGAGCUUAGGUUCUUGCAGGUCUGCAGGGUUUGCUGCACCUGUGACCUGCGUGUCCCCUUGCUCUUCCUGGGCUGCUGUACUAGAUGAGGCCAGAUAGGCCAGCUGCAGCCUGGAUCCGUUACUUGCGCUUUUUGGAGCAGACUAACACUAACUCGGAGUUGGGAAAGUGGUGAUACAUAGGGGUCAUGGUCGCUAAAAUAUCAGGUAGUAGUAGGCAGGUAGUGAGUGGGUGUGUAGUUGGGUCCCAGAUCCCAGGUCUAAGGGCCACUGUUUCUGGACUGUGUUUAGUGACACGGCCCUUGAGGACCACAUCUGUGGUCUUUCCCACCUCUUUUCAUGCCUUGGAGAUUCUGUGUGGGAAGCAGGUGAGUGGCUCACGUAGCAUCGACCUGCCUGCCCAAACUGCCUGUGCUGUGUGUUGUGCUUGGAGGGUGAUUUGGAGCGUCUUGUGCCUCAAGGCCCAGUCCACUUCAGGUCCGAGACUGUAGGGCCACCUCUAGUGCCUUUCCUGGGGCCAGUGUCUAGCCUGUGCUUCCAGCCCCAGACACUACCCAAAGCAUCGCUCUCUUCAAGUCUGUGGUGCCUUCCUGUUGGGCUGUGGACACUCAGUGUGGGAGAGGUGGAAAGAGCAUGGGUGUGGGUCAUGCACGUAUGAGCUCACAUGAAGUGAUGUUGAUCCCAGGAUUAAAGAGAUCUGGUGCAUGUUAAAUGGGAAUUAAAAAUCCAAAGACCCUGUAAUGAAUAGUAAAGAUGAUGAUUUAUGUUGUACGAAGAACCAAACUACUGUAAUUUUGUAUCAUAAAUGCCUUUCCAUCAAAUGACCAGCAACUUCUAAAUAAAGCCAGAUGGUUUCUUGCUUA